AUGGACAGUAAUUGGAACACGAGGAAAUUCAUUCGGUUAAAUAGAGAUAGUCUUUGUCAGAUCCUCAAUCUCGUGUCAGGAGAUGAUCAGAUUUUGGUUAUUCAGCCAAAUGUUUUGUCACUUUUAAAUAAAUUGAUAAGUUUUACUCAGCUUACAGAAACCACAUCUGUUAGAAAGAUAGUGAUACUGGAUGAUCAAUUACAAGACGACUUAGCCAAUAUAACAGCCACCCUCCCUGAUAUUAAAGUUGUUUUCCUAAUAGAUGUUAGGUUGGAUAUAGUGAUACCGUCCCAAUUAGCAGCUGUUGCAAAGCUUAACCAAAAUAGGGAAUUAAACGUCAUAUAUUGCACAUUCACAACGCAGAGAUCGAAUAGAUUAAACACACCAGAAGAAAAUGGGAUUCCUCACUUUAUUAAAAGUCAAUUAAGUGCUUCCUAUGAUGGAGUAGUUAAACUAUAUGGAUGGGAUAUCCUUCCGAUACCUGAAUUAGGAGAUAACGUCUUAUUAUCACAUCUUUUAUAUAAUGGUGAAGGAGAUAAUAUGUACUUUCCAAGAACUGCAUCAAUGGAAUCAGCAAUGAGAAGUAUACUGGUUGAUAAUAUGGUGAAUUGUUUGCAAUCAUUAUUCAGGCAAACACGUACCACGGUCACAAAUGUUGCUGCCAUGGGGAGGGAAUCCAAAAAAUUUCUUAAUCUAUUACGUGAGAGAAUUAGCCUUGAUGAUGAUGAUGAUGAAGAAUUAUUUAUUAAGGAUACAUUAUAUGGUAAUAAAUAUCAACGUGAUUUUAAAACGGAUUUGAUUGUUAUUGAAAGGGAUAUGGACCCUAUCACGCCUCUAUUGACUCAAUUAACCUAUGCUGGGAUUCUUGACGAUUUAUACGAAUUUGCUGAUGAUGGUAAGUUGAAAGGCAAAAAUAAUGUUGAAUUAGAUUAUAGGAAAGAUGAGAUAUGGGAAGAAUUGAAAUUUCUUAAUUUUGGUGCUAUUGGACCUCAAUUGAAUAGAAGGGCCAAAGAUUUACAGAAUAAGUAUGAAUCUAGACAUUCUGCUGAUAGUGUUGGCGAGAUCAAACAGUUUGUAGAUUCCUUAGGGACACUACAAGAACGACAGAAACUUUUGAAGGCGCAUACCACAUUGUCCACCGAUGUAUUGAAUCAAGUUGAAACUGAUGAGAGCUUGCAAUUUAAUUCCAUCUUGGAGCUAGAACAAGAUUUCUUGCUUCAUAAUCUUGAUAAUAGAACAAGUUGCGAGAGUAUAUUGGAAAUGAUUUAUGAAGGUGAUACUGACUCCACGAGGAUACUGAGAUUGAUAUGUCUGAUGUCAAUUGUAAGGAUUUCUAUAAGGGACAAAGAUUUUGAGAACUUUAAAAAGGAGUUAAUUGAUACAUUUGGUAUUGAAAUAUUAUUCCAGCUAGAACGAUUGACCCAGGCGGGACUUUUUACAAGCAAAUCAUUAUUAGACAGUAAGCAAUACAAUUCCAAGUUGUUGAAAGAAUACCGCUACAUUUCCAAAUGGUUAGAUACAUUACCUAACACUGAUGAUCAAAUACCAACUGCUGUUGGUCCUCAUUUGGAUCCUUCUAAUCCAAAGGAGCCAACAUUUGCGUACUGUGGUGUAGUUCCUCUUACAACGCGGUAUAUUCAAAUGCUAUACGAUAGGAGUGUUUUGAGUCAGAAUUAUUCUUCCCAGCAACCGUUCAUAAUCUCUAGGAAUCCUAAUCUAUUGGGAACGCAUGAACUUCUAGAACAAAUAUACGGAAAUUCAGAUAUAUUUGAGUCUGGGACAUGGAUACCUGAAUCAAGGAAGAAGCCAAGUAACGGGUCGAAACAGAAGACAAAUAUUUCUGGUAAGGAACAGAACGAUAUAGCAAUUAUUGUAUUUCUUGGCGGGAUUACCAUGGGUGAAAUCGCUACUUUGAAGCACUUACAGAAUCAACUAAGGGAGAAGAAGAUAUAUAAGCGAUUUAUUAUUGUGAGUGAUGGGUUGACCAAUGGGGCUAGGAUGAUAGGAACGAGCAGUUUCAAACGUAGCUAA